AUGAGCAUCAAGCGCAAAGACAAGCUGGCCCGACAAAAGCAGGUGGAUGUGUGCCAGCAUUCACUGUCCAAGCCACAGGGUCCCGGGUGCCAGAAGGAUAGGAAGAUCUCUAUGAAGGGAGAGCAGCUGCAGACCUUUUCCCUGGCCCACAGCGGGGAGUCCAUAGGCAAGAAGCACCAUGGUUUGGGAAGUGAACCAGGGGAUGCAGACUCGGCCAAAUCCUGCUCCAAAGUCCUGGAAGUUCUGGAACUCCCGGAGCAGAAGACAAUGGACACAGCCCAGGGACCUGUGUUGUUUGAGGAUGUGUCUGUGGCCUUCACUCAGAAGGAGUGGCAGUUGCUGGAUGCUGCCCAGAGGCGUCUGUACAGGGAGGUGAUGCUGGAGACCUACAGACACCUGGAAGCAGUGGGCUGCCAUGUAACCAAACCUGAGCUGAUAUGCAAACUGGAACAAGGAGAAGAUCCAUGGCUGAUAAAAAGGGACCUGCCAAGUCUCAGCCUUAUGGAAGUCCAGAAAUCCAAUAACAUGGAAACAAUUGAAGAAAAUGAAGACAAACACUUCAGGCAAGCUUUACUUGUUAACAACAAAAUGCUAACCAGGAAGAGAAGUAAGGCUCUAAGAGAAAUCGUUAAUCUGGCCACAAACCCAAUGCUCUCAAGUGAAAGAAUCUUUAAAUGUCACUCACUUGAAACAAGCUUGAAAAAGCUUCCAGGAUUCACUACAGAUAGUAGAAACUAUGUAAGAGAAAAGUCUGAUGGUUCAAGUGGAUCUAAGUUCCUUGAUACGAAGCAUGAAAAAUCUCAUACAGUGAGCGAAACCUGUGAAAAUGAUCAAAAGAAGGAAUCCCACAGUCCUAAGGAAGACCUUAUGCAACAUCAGAAGAAUUUGUCUUUGGAACAACUUCCCGAAUAUAAAAACUACAUCAAAGAAGAUACCCAGAAGAAAAACCUGAUGAAUGUGAGAAAGCCUUAA